AUGCCGGCGAUGAAGGGAUUAUUGGCGCCGCAGAACACCUUCCUCGACACCAUCGCCACGCGCUUUGAUGGCACGCACAGUAACUUCAUCCUGGCCAACGCGCAGGUCUCCCAGGGCUUCCCCAUUGUUUACUGCUCGGAUGGCUUCUGCGAGCUCACCGGCUUCUCCAGGGGCGAGGUCAUGCAGAAGAGCUGUGCUUGUAAGUUCCUCUACGGCCCAGAGAGCAGCCCAGCGGUAAUCCUGAGGAUCGAUCAGGCCCUGGAGGAACGCAGCGAGUUCAAGGACCAAAUCAUGUUCUCCAAGAAGACUGGUGAGGAGAACCCUUUGUACACUGUUGUUUAG